GAACGGAUGAAGAGAUACCUAGUGAAGUUUCAACUGAAGCAACAGGCAACGAAAACGAAUUGGACGACGAUAUGGACGGAGUAGUACAGGCAAUAGGAAAUUUAGUGAAUGAGAUGCAGGCUUAA